UUCUCCACUUCUCUGCGCUGCUAUCUUCCACAAUUCAAAUAAAGACUCCUCAGAAUUGAAGAAACCUGGGAGAUUGAUAUAUGGAUGCCCUUCUGUGCGAUGAACUUCUCCAAGAAAUCUUCCGUCGCCUUCCACCGUCAUCUUCCGCCGCCGUCUCUCUGGUUUCCAAGCGGUGGCUUUAUCUCCUCCGCUCUUCCACCACUUCCCUCUCUCUCCUCUUACACCAUCCUCAUCUUGCUCCGCCGCUCUCCUCUUUCCUCUCUCAGCAUCCCUAUCUCUCUGUUCUCUCCGUCAACGCCGCCGCCGUCUCCGGUGCCUCCGAUCACCUAAUUCGCUUAGUCGCCUCUUCUUGCCCAAACCUCUCCCAUCUCCGGUUCUUUCCCGGCCCAGUUUCUCCUUUCUCUCUCUUCUCUCUCUCCUCUUCUUGUCCGCGCCUCUCUUCUCUGGAUAUACCUCUCUGCAGACCCCUCUCUUUCCUCUGGCUCGCCCGUUUUCAGAAUCUCAAACACCUCUCCGUUCAGUCCGUCGCGAAUAAUUCGUCUGGGUUUGAGUAUCUCAAGGUGGGGGAUAAUUUAUUGGAUGAAUUCCCCGAUUCUGAACUGAACUUAGAGAGCCUGUGCUUGUCGGGAAUUGGGCCGGGAGAUUAUGGGCUCAAUUGGGUGUGGAGGAAUUGCAGAAAGAUCAAAUCUUUGAAGCUGAAAAGGUGUGAGAGCGUGGGGGAUAACGUUUCUUUUUCUGGGUUUCUUCAGGGCCUUGAAGAACUGGAACUGAGAAGCUGUAGGCCUAUAGCCAAUGGGGUUUUAUUGAAAUUGGCAGAGAAUUGUGUUUCUUUAAACUCAUUGUUAGUUCAUGAUGGUGGAAGCAAAGAUGGGUUACUCCAAUUCAUCACAGAAACCAAUUGCAAUUUACAAAAACUGGAUUUCAGAUUGCCUCUUGAUCUUGAUAACCACCAUUUGAUGGCCAUAGCUGAGAACUUCAGAGGCUUAACCAGCCUUAGGCUGCAAAGCUGCUGCCUUGUUUCAGGUGAAGGGCUGAGGGGUGUUGGGAGGGCAGUGGGGGGUGGGGUGGAGGAGUUGGCACUGGUGAACUGUGAUGUGGUGGAGAGAGAAUCUGGGCUGCUGGCAACAUUAGGGCAAAACAUGAAGAGAUUGAGGAGAUUGGACCUGUCUUAUAAUGAGAUGUUGGUUGAUAAGGAGUUGAUGUCAAUGCUGGUGUCUUGUGAUGGUUUGGUUGAAUUGAGGUUGAGGGGUUGUAAUAGGCUGACAAAUGUGGCUAUGGCUUCCAUGGGUAAGAGCUGCAAGGGAUUGCAGAGGGUUGAUAUCAUGAAUUGUUGUGGGAUUGAAGCAGAGGGUGUGGAGCAGUUUGUGGUGAAUUCUGCAAAAUUGACACAGUUGCAAGUGGAGCAGAUUAAGCUUUCUAGUGUUGCCACAAUGUGGGCAUCAAAUCAUUUCAUUCAACUUACUUGAUCGAACCCUUGACUCGUCUGGUUAAGGAUGGAUCAGUUCCUUCCAUUCAACAACAUUCCCAGUUACUUAUUUAAUUGUUUAUGCUUCUUCUAAAAGGUUCAAUUCCCUAUCUGAAGGGUUCUCCAUGUCUCGACUCAACAAAACAUGUGAAAGGAGGUAUUUCAUUACUUCAGAUACAGAACUAAAUGUCAAUGCAUACAAGAGAUUAUUUACUUUAGGCAUAAUCCUCACAAUGUUGAGUUUCGAAUAUUGGUAUGAUUAUGGAUGCUUUUGUUACAUGUGAAUAUGUGAUUGAUGAAGUACAAGAGCAGAUGUGCUACUUAUGCAGAACGUACGUUUCAAAAAUAAAUGUGAAAUUGCAGUCAGAUGCAAGUAAUCUUUGUUGUAUUUAUUAAUUGUAAAUUGCGCACCAUUAACAUUAUAUUGGAUCAUUAUUAGUGUUUUUUUU